GCGGAGGUGCAGCAGGCGAGCGCGGAGGCGAGCGCGGCAGGUGCAGUCGGGGCUGGCGGCUACUCCUGCACCAACUGGGCCAUCCCUCGGCUCGGCGACCUCUUCGGCGAGGCGGCGCGAUCGCCCUUCGCGCCGCGGCGCGAGCCGCUCUACAGCCCUCCGCCCUUCAGCCCCGGCGCCGGCUGCUCGAGCGGCGCGUCGUCGGCGCUCGGCUCGCCUUACCGGCAGCCGCCGCCGCCCGCUGCCCGCUCGCACCAGCCGGGCGGUGCAGCACCGGCCCCGCUGCUCGAGCCGCUGCUUCCGCAGGGCGGGGGAGGAGGGGGAGGAGGGGGGGGAGGGGGCGACGUCGAGGCGGCGCGCGGCGCAAAGGGGUGCGGCGCGGGUCCUGACUGGAGCACUCCUGCGGACAUCUCUGCGCUCGAGGUCGCCCAGCUCUGCACCCUCUUCCUCGGCUGGAGGUCGCGCGCAGCUUGGAUCGGCGCCGUCUGCUCGCUGCACCUGGCGCACCCACACGCGCCCUCUGCGCCGCCCGCGGCGAUGUGGACCUGCUGCGCCAUCUGGGUUGCAACGGCGCACGCCUCGCUCGGCUACCCGCCCAGCCUCGACCCGACCGCCUCUCCUGGCCCGCUCCUCGCCCUGCACUCCGGCUCCGUCCAGCCGCUCGUCGACCUGCAGGGCUACAGCGGCGCGCUGCCAACCUUCCUCUUCUCGCACAUUGUGCAGCAGUCCGUCCCCUCGCUCCGCCGCGCCGCCGCGGCGCCCGAAGCGACGCGCGCUGCGCUCAGCGGCGCGCUGGCGGCGUGCUGCGCGCUCUACCUGCUCCUCGGCUGCCUCGCCGCCUCCUACUUUGGACCCGACACCGCCCCGCUCGUGACGCUCAACUUUGAGCUCUUCACGGGCGGCGCGCCCGCAGGCACGGCGCGCCCGCUCUGGGCGCGUGUCGUGGCGGGCUGGGUGACGCUGCUGCCGCUCCUCACGACGACCGCCGCCUUCCCGCUCUUCAACGGCGUACUGGCCGCCAACCUCGUGCACGCUCUACCACCCAAGCUCGCGACGCCCACCGUCGCCGCCGCGCUCUGCGCGCUGCCGCCGCUGCUGCUAACCGGCGCCGUCACCGACACGACCUUCCUCUUCCAGCUCUGCGGCCUCUCGGGGUUCGCCAUCGUCUUCUUCGUGCCCGCGGCGCUGCAGCACGCCUCGCUGCGCGCCUCAGUGGCGCGCUGGGGCGAGGCGGGCCGCGACACGCCCCACUCGACUUGCUUCUCGGGCGCGAGGCCGGUCCUCGCCGUCGUCGCCCUCGGCGGCGCAGCCUUUGCCCAAAACGCGUGGACGCUGCUCCUCCGGCCUCUCCUCGCCAGCCUCGUCGGCGCGGCGCCCGGCCUCUGA